UUUACUUGAUUUUUUUCUGCCUUUGCUUCUUCUUCUUCUCUUUUUUUUGUCGUUUUCUUUGUUGCUGCUGCUGAUGUCGUUGUUGUUGCUGUUGCUGUUAUUGUUGUUGUUGUUGCUGUGUGCUGCUUUCAGUGCGCUCGUUGGCUCGUUCGUUGUUCGUUGGCGUUUUUCAUUUGUGUUGCUGUUGGGUCUUUUUUUCUUUUUCUUUUUUGCUGCUGUUGCCGUUGCUGUGGCUGUUGCCAGAGAGUUGGUUUCGAAAUAAACUUUAAUGCGAACAUUCGUUCGGUUGAGUUUCAGUUUCUGGUGCUCUGUUAAAUUCGGUAAAAAUGUGCGCAGUCAGCUUCAGCUAUGCUACUGCAGCUUGAGAUGCAAUUGCAGGCUGAACUCCACUAUAAUAUCUAUAAUAUUUUUAUUCUUUAAUUUCUCUGUGUUAAUAAUGAUUAUUUAAAAGAUAUUUAAUUGAAGUUGUCUUUAAGAACUAGCAUAUGUAUUUGUAGAAUUGCUAAGGAAUUGGGCUUCGAAGUCUAAUGCCUAUUCAAUUGCUGCAACAGCUGCGCGCGUUUUUCAAAAACCUUCGCGCAGGCGAAGCAAUCCAAGCAAUCGACCAAGCGACCAAACAACCGUAUAGACCAACCAUCCAACCAAGCAGCAAUAGCUACAAAACAGCAGCAGCAUUCCGGCAACUUGAAUGCUGCUGCUGUUGUACAUUAAGCUUAAGCUGCGUUGAGUUUCACUAUAAAAUGAAUAUGAGUUUUCGUUGCUGUUUUGCUGUUGGUUUGGCACGCAAACGCACCGACGAGCCAAACAACCUAUACGAAACGUAACGAUACGAUACGAAACGAAAUGAAACGAAUGAACGAACGAACGUCCUCGACAAGCCCUGGCAGCAGCAACCACUUCAACAGCAGCAACAGCAACAACAGCCACAGCAGCAGCAAUGAGCUACGAGCAACCAGCAAUCUCCCACCUCAAGCGCCUCGCCGUUUGCUAUACAAACUCAAAAUAUACAAAAAGCAGCAGCACCAACAACAACAACUACAACUACAAUAUCAUCAACAGCAACAACAACAACAACAGCAGCAACGUCGACAUUUGGGACGUUCGUUCGUUCACCGCAGCUUGACGCCUUUCGAACUUAUUCUCUCUUUUAAGCUUUGAAAUGUCGCCUAAACGGGCUUUAUGUCUUAACAUGUGUUCAAAAAACAAAAUGGCGACUCCUAAUGGCGGCUCGCUUACAAAGCUUCGGCAAUUAACGAAGUGGGUCGCUGAUCGCAUAUCCUGUUUCGUAUUGAGUCGAGUUCAGUAUUUGUAUGCGAGUUUCGGCUUGUGUGAGUAUGUGUAGGAUUAUUUGUAAAGACUUUGAAUGCAAACGUUGAUAAAACACUAUUAACUGAAUGCAUUAAUAUUCCCAAAACAGAAUAUGCAUGUACACUUAUAUUAAUUGGGGUAAUUUUAUUAUUCAACUGUCUAUAAGAUAGCUAAAUAAUGUAUAUUCAAUACUGUAUAAAACUAUAUUAAUAUUUGGAAAUUUGAAUGAUUGUUCAUU